CUCUGUGAAGCUCGCGAAGCGAAUUUAAUGGCUUCGGCUUUAAGGUCUUCAAUGGCGACGACAGGACAUCAUAGUAAUAGUAGUGGCAGAUUUGAGAAGCAACAAGCUUCCUCUUUUACUUCGUCGUCUUCUUCUUCUUCUUCGGUGUCUGGAGUUUCUAGCAGAGGAAACGGCGUUGCCAAUCGUACUAAAGCUCCUUCUCCUUCUUCGAGACGCUCUGUCACUCCCAAUUCCAGAACUCGCUCUUCUUCCGAAUGUGCACUAGAUUCUGAAAGGGUGAGAGUUGCAGUCAGAGUCCGACCAAGAAAUGCUGAGGAACUACUCCCAGAAUCUGAUUUUGUCGAAUGUGUUGAGUUGCAGCCAGAGCUAAAGCGACUGAAGUUGAGAAAAAACAAUUGGACUUCCGAAUCCUACAGAUUCGACGAGGUUUUUACUGACACCGCCUCUCAAAGGCGUAUUUAUGAAGCUGUGGCAAAACCUGUAGUUGAGAGUGUAUUGAAUGGAUAUAACGGAACAGUUAUGGCUUAUGGUCAAACGGGUACCGGAAAAACUUACACUCUUGGAAAAUUAGGUAAAGAUGACACGUCUGAGCGUGGUAUAAUGGUCAGAGCUUUGGAGGAUAUACUUUCUAGUAUAUCUCCUGCUUUUGAUAGUGUGGAAAUUUCCUAUUUGCAGUUGUAUAUGGAAUCUAUCCAAGAUCUACUUGCACCGGAGAAGAUUAAUAUCCCCAUUAAUGAUGAUCCCAAGACUGGGGAGGUGUCACUGCCUGGUGCUUCAGUGGUCAAAAUUCAAGACCUUGAUCACUUUUUACAGCUGUUACAAAUAGGUGAGACAAAUCGCCAUGCAGCUAAUACUAAGCUGAACACGGAGUCGUCACGCAGUCAUGCAAUUCUUAUGGUUUAUGUUCGAAGACCUGUCCAUGAAAAUGCAAAAGAUGGACCCACUUCACAGGAGAAGGUCUCUAGUUCUGGUAGCAAUGGCAUACCUGUGGUUCGAAAAAGCAAGUUGCUGAUUGUUGAUCUUGCAGGGUCCGAGAGAUUAGAUAAAUCUGGGAGUGAAGGCCACAUGCUUGAAGAGACGAAGUUCAUAAAUCUCUCUCUUACUUCUCUUGGGAAAUGUAUAAAUGCGUUAGCUGAAAACAGUCCACAUAUACCUUUCAGAGAGUCUAAGCUGACAAGAUUGCUUCGCGAUUCAUUUGGAGGCUCUGCAAGGACUUCACUUAUAGUAACAAUUGGCUCCUCAGCACGACAUUAUGCAGAGACUACCAGUACGAUAAUGUUUGGACAAAGGGCUAUUAAAAUAGUAAACACAGUAAAACUUAAGGAAGACUUUGAUUACGAAAGCUUAUGUCGGAAGCUCGAAAACCAAGUAGACCAUCUCACAGCAGAAGUUGAAAGACAGCAGAAGUUGGGGGAUGAUGAUAGAAAUUUGUUGGAAAAACAGCUGAGAGAGUGCCAAGAGUCUUUUGCUGAAGCCAAAAAGAACCUAAUUACAAGGUCCGAGUUUCUAGAGAAGGAAAAUACUCGUCUAGAGCUGGAAGUGAAAGAUAUUUUAAAUGAAUUGAAACAACAACAAGAUCAGAACGAUUUAAUGCAUGAUAAGAUUGUACAGCUAGAAUUGAAUUUAAAAGAAAGAAAGCAAAACCAGCUUGAGAGUUCUACGUAUCAGAAAGUACUGGCUGACACCACUCAGAUGUAUGAGAAAAAAAUGGCAGAGUUGGUUAAACAGCUAAAAGAUGAGCAGACUCGUGCUGAAAUUGUAGACGAAGGAUUAGAUGCACUCAAGAAGCUCCUCAAUGAUAGUCAAAGGACUAUUAAGCAACAUGAGAUGGAAAAUUCAAGAUACCAGAAAGCACUAUUAGAUACUACUCAGAUGUAUGAGAAUAAAAUAGCAGAGCUGAGCAAGCAAUUAAAAGAUGAGCAGAGCCAUUCUGAAAUGCUAAAGGAACAAUUGGAUUCCGUUAAGAAGCUGCUUAGUGAAAAUCAAGUUUCCAUGCAGGAGCAGAAAGAGAUUGAGAAGCUUUGUGGGAAGUUACAAGAAACGUGUCAGUUGCAUGAACAAACUCUAAAUGAACUUCAAUCGUUGAAAUCAGAGUACAAGGAUCUAUUAGAAAACAAGGUGACAAUAACCGAGGAACUUCAAACCGUGAGGCAAAGAUUUUUAAUUGAAGAAAAGCAGAGGAAAACAGUGGAAAACGAGCUAGUCAAGCUAAAGAUGGCUGUACCUGAAACGGAGAAUGAUUUUGAGGAUAAGAAGUUGCAUACGAAAGAAAGUAUAUGCAAAGUACCUUCUGCAUUUGGGAGUCCAACAAGGUUAGAAAAGUCAAUUCCCCUGAAGGACACGUUUUCUGGUCAGAGAGCUACAAUUGCAAAGAUAUGUGAAGAAGUUGGCCUUCAAAAGAUAUUACAACUGUUGACAUCCGAAGACCCAGAUGUUCAAAUUCAUGCUGUGAAGGUGGUGGCCAAUCUUGCUGCUGAAGAUAUUAACCAGGAAAGAAUAGUGGAGGAAGGUGGUUUAGAUGCUUUGCUUAUGCUGUUACGAUCAUCGCAAAAUGCAACUAUUCUUAGAGUGACUUCUGGGGCCAUUGCGAAUUUGGCAAUGAACGAGAUGAGUCAAGGCCUAAUCAUAAGUAAAGGUGGAGCUCAACUAUUAUCAAAGACCGCUUCCAAGACAAAUGAUGUACAAACUCUUAGAAUGGUUGCUGGUGCACUUGCUAAUUUAUGCGGAAAUGAAAAUCUACACAUGAUACUAAUUGAAGAUGGAGGUGUGGAGGCACUCUUGGGAAUGGUUAGAUGUGGGAGCAGUGAUGUGAUUGCACAAAUUGCUAGAGGAAUUGCAAACUUUGCGAAAUGUGAAUCCCGCGGAGUAAUCCAAGGUCAUAGGAAAGGUCGUUCGCUUCUAAUAGAAGAUGGUGCCCUUACUUGGCUACUAGCCAAUUCAAAUACUAGCUCGGCUACAACUAGACGCCAUAUCGAGCUUGCUCUUUGCCAUUUAGCUCAAAAUGAGGACAAUGCUAGGGACUUCAUAUCCAGUGGAGGGGUGAAAGAGCUCGUACGAAUAUCAAUGGAGUCUAGUAAAGAGGAUAUCCGCAAUUUAGCAAAGAAGACAUUGAGAAUAAAUUCGGCAUUUCAAGCUGAGAUGCAAGCGAAAAGAUAGAUGUAUAGAGACACGACCCUUUUAAGGUUUUUUUUUUGUUUUUCGUGAUGAGCUUAGUUUGUCAUUUUAAAUUUAUUAACCGAAGCAAGCUUCUGUGUAAGGAGUGCCCUCUUGUACUGGGUGGUGCAUGUAAGUAGUGAAGAAAAAAAGAGAC